CAGGCAGUGACGACGGUUGAAGAAGCAGGAACACACCAGCGUAACUAUAAGAGAAUCCAGAGAUACUUUCUGUCACGGUGAUGGCCACUACUAACGCCCCUCCUUCCUGCGUGGCUGCGCCUCAGCCUGUCGGCCAGCAACAACUGGUGACGGUGCAACCCGCUGCCGGCGUUACUUUCGGCACGGUCAACCCACAGCCUCGAAGUGGUAACUGGAAGGGUAUUCUAUGGACAGGAAUAAUUCAAGUGGUUUUGGGUUCCUUAACCGUCAUUUUUGGGAUUGCCACCGUGACUGCAUUUGGCCGGUUCUACUAUAUCAGUGACAUCGGAUCUCCAAUUUGGUGUGGUAUAUUAUUCUACGUCGUCGCUGGAAUCUUGGGCAUAGUGUCAGGAUGGAAGAAGAAUUCCGGAGUGGCUAUCGGCUACAUGGUCAUGUCCAUCUUGGCUAGUUUGGCGACGUGCUGCGUCAUUGGUUUUGGUGCCGCCAGGAUGGCACUCAUCAAUCAAGUCUGUCAUCCAAUUUAUACGCGUUAUCGUUAUUACUACACUUAUGGCUAUCUUCGCCAGAGGGUCUCGUACUAUGACUACCCUCCUUCAUUCUGUUAUUUGCAGGCGGCCAUCAAUGGUGUUUAUGCUAUACUGAUACUUCUAGCCUUAGUGGAGUUUGUUGUCGCCAUCGUUGGUGCCAGCAUGACCUGUGGUCCCCUCUGCAGUGGUGGAUCAACAACUCAGACUGUGAUCCAAUACCAAGCUCAACCACACCUGGUGGUUGCCACACAACCCCAGGGACCGGCUUUCUACAACAUUCCUGGUCAGCCACAAGUUGCCUACCCAGCCCAGCAGGGGCAGUAUCCGCAAGCUCAAGCGCCCCCAACCGCCUACCCAGCCCAGCAGGGGCAGUAUCCGCAGGCUCAAGCGCCCCCACCGGUGAACAACAGUACCAAGAACUCGUUAAAUAGGUCAUCGAUGAUCUUUGACCUGAUGGAAUCACGAUAUCUGGAGUUGGAAGAAGAAAUAAAUUCUUGAUUUUUCAUGUUAAGCUGUAUCUGGAUGUACAUUAGGUUUUAGCCGUUCAUGCAAUGCGUCAAGAAAUAGAUUUAGAGGCAAUGAAAUAAUAUUGUCCUGCUCCUUUCUAGAAUAAUUCAAAUGAAAGUUGGAGAACUGAUUGACGCUUAUUUUUUUUUUUAUAAAUGAAGAAAGCAUAACGUACUCAGAUAUUUACUGAAGAGCUGUUGUUUCAUAAAGGAUAAUGUAUUUUUUACACAGACUAAUAUUGAAAUAUUUUUCGAAAUCACGGCAUCGGAUGCAGACAUUGGCUUAAUUUGUUGAGCUCCCGUGCACUGUAGGGAUUUUGGCAUCAUCGGAUUUUGUUGCCACAUAUUCGAAGACGUACAACAAUGAAAGCCAAAGCCAGGUUUGACACUUAACAAAUAAAGUAGUCACUCAUAUACAUUUUACAUGGGGCAGGAUAAAAUCCUGCGUAUUGGGAAUAUUGAGUUGAAGUUUAUUUUUUUUCUGGUUAUGGAACUUACUAUGCAAUGUGGCAUCGGAAGGGUUCAGUUUUAUGUGAGACUUGGCGGAAUUUGUAGUAUUACGAAAUAAGUCUGUACAACACAUAAUGAGCUAUUUCUUCGAUUGUGACCAUUAGAUCCAUUUGGUUAAUCUAGGUGAUGGCUGACAUUGAUUUUAGGUUGUAAUUCACGAACUUUGUAUGAGUUUAGGCCUACAGCGUGCUCAGUGACUAUCCACGUCAAUGACUGUCAGAUUUGUCUAUUAUACAGGAUGAGUGAAAAAGAAAGUGACCUGGAGUGGUUGUUUGCCUCUUAAAAAGCAAUAACAGUUGACACACCAACGAAGCGUACAUUAAACAAGCAUGCUUUUUCCACUCAUUUCAACAAAUAAAAUACUGAAAUUGAUCCAUGCCAUUAGAAGUUUACUAAAAAUGUUACAAACAGACUAUAUUUAAUUUUUUUACUAAAAGAUUGCAUUUUAGCGCUGUCAAUGGAAUGCCCUAAGAAGCUAUAUUGUAUUAUGUGAGAACCACAGAUUACCCACAUACAUUCAGAUACAAGUGAGAUUUUGAUAAUAUUUUUCUGAAAUAAUGAUGGUGAUUUUUGUCCGUUUUCCUGGGUAAAUGUUUGUUCUUUCUUAAAAUCAGGAAAACGCAUGUACAAACAUGUUCAUUGGUUUACAGCUGAAUUUAUGGAUGUGUGUAUUAAAAUAUAUUAGCUUGUGAAAAUAGCACGCAAAAUACAUGACAUUUUCAAUGUUACCAGUGAAUAAUAUGUACUUAAUCGCCCUAUGUUUAUUAAACUGAGCGAGCCACAUAUUUUUUUUAACAUAUCUUAUUACAUUUACGUUUUAGCAGUCGAUCAUGCGCCAGAAAUAGGUUUAGAUUUAAUGCAAUUUGUAUGGCUCCAUUUUUUCACUACUUUUCAUAAAAUUACACUUAGAAUGUUGGAGAACUGAUGCUUAAUUCUUUAUAUAAGUAUAACGUACUCAGAUAUUUACUCAAGAGCUUUUGUAUGAUGGAUAAUGUAUAUUUUAAAUACACUGAUAUUGUGCCUUUCCCGAAAUCAUGGCAUCGGCUGAUGCGUUGGCUUCAUGAUUUGAGCUCCUAAAUUCUAAACCCAGUUGGCUCGAUCUGAUAUUCUUUGGCCGCACAUUCAAAGAAAGGAAUUAUAGCCUGAUACAUUUUACAGGGGGCGUGAUCAAAUCGGUCAUAUGCGGAAUAUUGAGUUGAUGUUUAUUUGUUCACGUUUUGGAUAUGCCACUUAUUGCAAUGUGGCAACGGAAGUGUUCAAUUUAUUUUUGGUGAGAUUUUUUUUGCAUGGAUAAACACUGAAGAAAAUAAACGAGCAGUGCCCACUUGUACAAAGGAACCAAAAGAAGGAAUGCAGUAAUGAUAGUUAUACAGAACAUUUGUACGGGGCAAAACCUUCAUUUAUGUUUUGCUUGGGUA